UCUCGCUCUCUUGUUUCACCCAUUCACAUUCGCAACCUGGUCAUUGCGGAUCUUUCUUGGUGGAGGAUUCUGACUAACUUCAGGCUUCGGUGUCUUUUCUCCCUUAACCGGACGACUAUCAAGUUCCCCAGCGCUCCAGACGCGACCUGCGACAGGUUACAUCUAAACGAAUUCCUCGAUCGUUUUCUACCCCGAGCUUUCUGGAGCCAUUGGAGGCUCUUUUUCGCUACCUUUUACCUGGUCAUAAUGGAUGUCCUCCCCUCAACUACACCGGAUGAGGCCGUACGCGGGUCCGCAAAGAGGACUGCUGAGCUUUUCGGCGCCGAUUACCUGAUGGUCACGCCCUCUGUCGCCAAUGGAUCUAUCGGCCUUUCCUACAGACGAAAAGCGGAAUACGAAGAUGUGAAGGAACUCCCACCAUUAUUGGCUGAGAAGCAAGCUCAAGCAGCUGCCGCCCGCUCAAAGCGACCGAAGAUCAGUGCAAAAGCGGAAACCGGAGAUCGCAGUGGCGCAUCCACGGCCCUUGUGAGAAGGGGUCCUAAUCCAGCUGCCGGGGGAGCUGUAGGGGAAGAUAAGCCAAAGAGUUUGAUUCAGCGACCAUCUGCCACACGACUGCAGCCGCCUGAGUGGCAUGCACCGUGGAAGUUGAUGAGGGUUAUUUCAGGACAUCUUGGAUGGGUGCGGAGUCUGGCUGUUGAGCCGAACAAUGAGUGGUUCGCUAGCGGUGCUGGUGACCGAACAAUCAAGAUCUGGAACCUUGCGACUGGUGCGUUGCGCUUGACACUCACGGGCCAUAUCUCGACUGUGCGUGGGUUGGCUGUCUCUCCCCGACACCCCUAUUUGUUCUCCUGUGGUGAAGAUAAGAUGGUGAAAUGUUGGGAUUUGGAAACAAAUAAGGUCAUUCGUCACUAUCAUGGCCACCUCAGUGGAGUCUACACGCUUGCAUUACAUCCCCGACUUGAUCUUUUAGUUACUGGUGGUCGAGAUGGUGUUGCCCGUGUUUGGGAUAUGCGCACCCGGAGUAAUAUCCACGUUUUGUCGGGUCACCAGGGCACCGUUGCAGACCUGAAAUGCCAGGAAGCUGAUCCCCAGAUUAUCACCGGCUCAUUAGACGCGACUGUCCGACUCUGGGAUCUUGCUGCUGGCAAGAGCAUGGGUGUGCUCACUCACCACAAGAAAGGGGUUCGGAGUAUCGUCACCCAUCCACGGGAAUUCACCUUCGCAAGCGCCAGCACCGGAAGCAUCAAGCAAUGGAAGUGUCCUGGCGGUGAAUUUAUGCAAAACUUCGAGGGCCACAAUGCCGUGAUUAACACUCUCGCCGCGAAUGAGGAUAAUGUCCUCUUCUCUGGCGGCGACAAUGGUUCCAUGUCAUUCUGGGACUGGAAGACAGGAUACCGCUUCCAGUCCAUCGACACCACAGCCCAACCCGGCUCCUUGGACGCCGAAGCAGGUAUUAUGGCUUCAACUUUCGAUCGUACCGGUCUGCGUCUGAUCACCGGCGAGGCCGAUAAGACGAUCAAAAUCUGGAAGCAGGAUGACGAGGCUACUCCAGAAACUCAUCCUGUAACAUGGGCCCCAACUCUCGGAAGACAGAGAUACUAAACAGUGCCUUGGUUUCUUCUUUCUGUUCGGAUGGACCUCUUCCAUCUUAUAUCAAUCGAUUAUCAAUACCCGCCCGCAUUUCCUGGGCCUCGUGGGUCGGAACGGGACUGUAACGGCUUAAUCAUGCACUUUCUGGAGUUCAGCGUUUGUGGUGUGAAAUUAUGUUUCUGUUUUAUCUGGACUUUUUUUUACUGGGGAUUUCCUGUUGGGAAGGAAAACGUUCACGAAAACAACUGGCCUGUUGUUGCGUUUAAAUCACAUAUUUCCAUGUAUCAUACCAUACAAACAUUUGGCAACGCAAAAAGAUUCUCUUCAAUCUAGAUACAUACUCAAUGGGCACAGUGUUGGGAAACACAAAAAGGGUAUCAUCAUUUAGUUCUGAGUAGUGUACAUCUAAAUUAAUCCAUG